AGCAGCCGGCGCCGUACCGAAACGUCGGCGGGCAGCGUCGGCACGACCAUCAAAAAAAGACCUCUUUCUCAGCUGACGAGGCGGCACAGCCAGCGCCUGAAACGGGCAGGAUUCUGACUCUAACCCCAAGGACGACAAGACCGACGCCAAGCAGACCAUGUAUCAUUCAAUGCAGUCACCCGGGCUGUCGCAACCCUCACCACAGCAGCCGCCACUGCGAGAGGCGUUUGCUUUUCUCGCUGGAGGACAGAAGAAGAGCAUGACCGGCGACUCGCCCCAUUCUACCCUCACAAAGCGCUCUCGCACACUGCCCACAUCGUCAACCUCGACAUCAAAGUCGACGGCAACGGAUGUCUUCAAAUCAUCCCCAGAGAUGCCUCGCAGCUCCUUGGAGGCACAGAAUCCCACGGCCAAGUCUGUUGGCGUGCGGUGCCGGGGCACCACUGUGGCGGUCCAGGUUACCAAGCAGACGUCCACCACCGACCUCUUGCGAUCAUGCAGUGAGUCGCUGACAAAGCUGGGGCGGCCAAUUGACCCAGACAGCUGUGUCGUUGUCGAGCCAUGCCUUCGCCCAGGUCUGGAAAGAAGGCUUCGGGAGUAUGAGUUAGUUUGGGACGUCGUCAGCGCCUGGGAUCACGACUCAUCCAACAGCCUCAUCGUUCUGCCGGACGCUUCCGACCCUGACGGGGAGUUGAGUCUUGCCGGCGUCCCCAAGACGCAGGAAGAGCCCCGGGGCUUCGUUCUCAAUUUCUACCUGCUCCAGCGGCCGGGGAAAUGGGCCCAGCGCUACAUCACCCUGAAAGAGAACGGGCAGAUAUUCGCCUCCAAGAAGAGAGAUUGGAAGUCUUCAGACAAGGAUGUCGUCAGGCUUUGCCAUCUCUCUGACUUCGAUCUCUACAUGCCCACGGAGGCCGAGAUGCGGAAGCAGCUGAGGCCCCCAAAAAGGUACUGCUACGCUAUCAAGAGCCAGGAGAAAGCCAGUCUGUUCCUUGAUUUGACCAACUACGUGCAUUUCUUCUGCACCGAAGACCCGGAUGUGGCGCGGGGGUUCCGUUCUUGUGUCCAGGGCUGGCGCAGCUGGUACCUGGUGAACAAAAAAUUGAGGCUGCACGAGAAGCAGGAGGUGCCGUCGCCGAGCAGCCGUUCCCAGGCGGACUACGGUUCCAGGGGAAAAGCUCCAGUUGACCAAGGCCGCUGGCGAAGGCCGUCAGUCGACGUUCCUACUUCGACUCGGUCAAUUUCGGCCUCCCGCGAGAACACGCCGACUUCUCCAUCAGCUGGGACAGCAGUACCUCCAGAACCGCCCUUUCCGGGAGCUUUGCGGGAGAAAAAAGCGGCGUUGUUCGCGGAAACCGGUCUACUCGGCAAUGGGUACGACGAGCGUAAACAACAAGCUCAGCAACAAGAGGCCAACGGAAGACCGCGGCGAGAGACCUUGGCUUCGACGAUAAACGAAGGUCCCUUUGUCAAUGGCCCAAGCCUACUCAACAGCCGUGCAGCGGCCGGGCCUGCAUCCGGCGCCCGUCCCCAAACAUCCGGGUCAGACGGUAGCUACAAGACAGGAUCACCUGACAGCUCUCAGCCAACAGGCUGGUUCCCCUCAGCCGUCGAGCACUCGGCCGAACAGCGCAACGCCCGCCCAACUGCUCCCCUAACCCGGCGACCAAGCACCUCUGCCCCGACACCAACCCGCGCCCCCUCCGUCCGGCAGCGCGAGACAGGCCACCUACCUUUACCCACUACUCACCAUGCCAACCAGCCUGCCUCUUCAAGAACCCAAGAAUCCCAGCCUCCAGCUCACCGCCGCAAACCCCGCGGCCCAGCACAACCCCUAAUUGACCUGACACCAACCUUCGUAGAGCCACCGCAAUGGUCCCGCGAGCACCGGGGCCGCGGCGUGCGCGCACCGCAGGGAAAACCGCUCGUCGACCUGGCAACCGGCCCGGUGCUGCCGCCCAGCACGGCCGCGCGCUUCCGCGACGCAGCCCAGCCGCCUAAGAGCCUUAUCCGGCGGCCCGACCAUCCUGCGGGCGGCGGCGGUACGCUCAUGCAGCAGUAUGAUCUGCAACUGAGGGGCACGGGGAAUACGCUUACCGAGGGUGGAGGGUUGGGGAUGGGUGGUGGUGGCCCUGGCGCUGGGUUGGCGAGGAGGAAUACGGUGAAGAGCACUACUACUAGCACUACUACUAGUGGUGGAGGAGGGGGAGGAGGAGGUAGUGGGGCGGGCAGCAGGCCUGGUACGGCGGGCGGUGGUAAUAUUGGAGGGACGAUGCCGGUCUCGUCUGCUGCUGCGGCGGCGACGUAUGUGCGGUCGAGGGACAGGAUGAUGUGGGUCGGUGAAGGGGACCGAGAGAGGGCGAGGGAACGGUUGAGGACUGUGGAUGGAAGGUAUUCGCAGGGACAGAGUCAGCUGGCUUUGAGGGGGAAGCGGGAGUGUUGAGAGGGUGUGGUGGUGGUGGUGAUGGUGCUCUUGCUUCUCGGUUGUCCGUCCGUUUGCCUUUGCUUCAACUCUAUUGCUGGCCUGCGGCUGGCUGUUUGUCCUUUUUUUUUUUGUUUGUUUUCUUGCUAGCAGAACCUCUUGGCGCGGCAUUCAGCAUGAGGAACGAUGUCUACGAAUCAGUUAUGAUGGGGGGUGUCUUCAAAGUCAGA